AUGGCCGACAUGUCGACCGCGACGCCUGGUGGCGCUGCAGGCCCCGCGCAGGCCUCGGCGUCGCCGUCCGAGACAAGCACGCGGUCCUCGGCGCCAGCGUCCAAGCUGCGCAGCUGCGUCGUCUGUCGCAGCCGCAAGGUCCGCUGCGACAAGCUGUCGCCGUGCUCCAACUGUCGCCGCGCCGGCAUCCCCUGCACCGUGGCCCCGAGCGACCGCCCCCCGCGAUGGGCGCGCCGUCUCGAAAAGCUGGCGGCGCGGCCGGCAGCGCCCCAGGCGAGCGAGCCGGCGGCCGGCGCUGUUAUGGACCGCCUGCGGACUCUGGAGAAGAUGGUCCAAGACCUCGGCGCUGAGCUCGAGCAGGCCAACGCCGCGAAGAGCGGGGAUCGUCUCGACGGUGCAGGGGUCGACAGCCAGAGACGUAUACCGUCGGUGGCCCCUGGUGCUGGUGUGCAGCCGGGCAUGGGACGAAUGGUCGGCCAGGAAAAGGGGCGAAGCCAAUACGUUGGCAGCAGUUUCUGGACACGCGUCAGCGACGAGCUCGAUGCCCUCAAGGCAGACACGCAAGGCCUCGCUGGCGGUGAUUCCGACGACUCUGAGGACGACACGGAUUCGCCUGGCCAGACGGCCAGCACACGAGAGUCGGAGCGAGGUGCUUCUGAGCGCAACGGGCUUCUGUUCGGCCACAAUCUUGGACCAUCCGCUCCCGAUCUCGGCCAAUUCCGCCCGCUGCCGUCGCAGAUUCCCUUUCUCGUCGACGUCUUUUCUGAAAAUGUCAAUUUUUGCAUACAAAUCGUGCAUAUGCCGGUCCUCAGGGACAUGAUCCGCGAGAUGCGCGGGAAGAGCUCGGGCGGCAUCCCGCCAGCCAACGAAGCCCUCGCUUUUGCCGUCUACUAUGCGGCCGUCACCUCCAUGAGCGAAGAAGAUGUUGGCCCCCCUUCAGUCGCUUCGAGCUUUGGCGCCACGAAAGCAGAGCUCAACUACAAGUUCCGGCUCGGCCUCGAGCACGCCCUCGCGCACGCCGACUUUAUCCGGCUGCCCACCGUGACCCUCAUCCAGGCCUUCGUCAUCUUCCUCGCCCUCGCGCGGCGCCACGACAGCCCGCGGUACGUGUGGAUGAUGACGGGCCUCGCGACGCGCAUGGCCGUCGCCGUCGGCCUGCACCGCGACGGCACGCACUUUGCGCACCUGUCGCCGUACGAGGUCGAGAUGCGGCGGCGCGUCUGGUGGUGCCUGUGCCUGCUCGACAUCCGCGCCGCCGAGGACCAGGGCACCGACCUGUCCAUCGCCGACGGCGCCUUCGACACGCGCAUGCCCGUCAACGUGGCCGACGCCGACCUGCGGCCCGCCAUGCGCGCGCCGCCCGUCGCCCGCGCCCACGACACCGAGGCGUCUUUCGCCGUCGCCUGCUACCGCACGUGCCGCGUCACGCGGCAGAUUGUCAUGGCGCGCACGCCCGACGGCGCGCCCGACACCUGGGGCUUCAGGCACCACGUCAAGGACCUCGCGACGCUGGCCUACUGGGUCGGCUCGACGUCGACGCGCCUCGUCAUCGCCAAGCUGGCCCUCUUCAUCCACCUGCCGACGCUGCUGACGGGCGGCGGCGGCGACGGCGACGCUGACGCUGACGUCAAGGCCGACGCGUCGGAGCGCAUCCGCAACGACCCGUGGCGCUGGAUCGUCGAGACGUACACGCACUGGCACGCCAUUGUCUUCCUCCUCAUCGAGGCGUCGCGCCGCCCGUGGUCCGCCGUCGUCGAGCGCGCCUGGGUCGCCCUGCACAGCCGCUGGCUGAUCCCGCCGCAGCCCAAGGGCGACAAGAGCGCGCGCGUGUGGAUCCCGCUGCGGCGCCUCAUGCGGCGCGCGCGGCGCCAUCGCGAUGCUGAGCUCUGGCGGCUGCGCGCCGACCCGGCUGCCGCCGAGGCGCUGCAGAGGCAGGAGGAGCACGUCCCGGUGCCCGUCAGCCCUGGGCCGUUCAAGGGCGGGGACGGCUUGGAGUUGUUCGCGAGACACUGGCGGGAUCUUGUGUCCGGGCCGCUGCAGGGUGGCCAUGGUGAUCUUGCUUCCAUCAAGCGAGAUGACGCAGGGGCGAUGCAGUUUGCUUCGCCUGCGAGACACGAUAGCGAAUAUGGUGUGACGCCAUUCAGUGAGUGGUUUCCCAGCGACGAGUAUACGCAACCGCAUGAAAUUGCGGGGGCGUCUCACGACCAACUCGAUGAGAUGGGGCUGCCGGUGGACUGGUCAAGGAGUGGCUCAUUGGGCUUAGACCUGACCCCUGGGUCCUGGGAUAUGGCAGACUUUGACCAGCUUGGAGGAGCUGACAUGGACAUGAAUGGCGAGGCGAGCAUGAAUUGGGGGCAGUGGCUGGAAUCCGCCACGCUCAUGGAGAUGGAUAAUCUGUGA